UACAGCAGCACAGACGCAGCACCAUAAGCCAGGGAGGAAAAGACUCUGCCGUUUAUUGCUGUUUGUUCAUUAUAAAAACACGCCCAUAACAAAGCGGUCAAGAUGCCCUGAUACCGGGUGAAGCGCUUGCGUUCCCGGGCGACUAAUCUGGCGUAUGUGUGUAGUGGAAUAUUUAUUGUAUUAGUAACGCUCAUUCAUUGUGGGGCUGCUGUUUUUUUGCUGUACUCGAUGGCGCAGAAUGUGCAGAAACCACCGCUGCUGUCUUGUUUUCGUUUAGUAGAACUGAAUCGCCUAUCUUUGACUCACAAUGCCUUUGUAAUGAUGACGGUGAUGCAGAAAACGCGAGCUGUGAAGGAAAGGGGGCAAAUAACCAUGCUACCCGGAGAAUAAUAAAUACUGCUCCCAAUGAAAACAGAGGCGGGGUCUAACCGAACCAUGGAUGGAAAGGAGAAUAAACUGAAAACAGCCAGGUUGUGGAGAGAUGCUGCGCUGCGCUCCAGAAAGCUGAGAAGCAACCUACGCCACCUGACCCUCAGUACCAAUAACAACCAGAAGAUUACUCUGCCCGAGAACAUCAACGAGAUAGAGGCUCUAAACCUGGGAAACAACUCUCUACAGGAGCUGCCCGAGGGGCUGGGAGCCGCCCUGAUCAACCUGCACAUUCUUAUAUUGAGGAGGAAUAAAUUCGCCAGCAUCCCGCUGUCAGUUUUCGAGCUCGGGCACUUGACGGAGCUGGACCUGAGCCAUAAUUGCUUAGGUAAUUUCUCUGAGGAAAUAGGAUGCUUGAAAAAUCUGAAAAAACUGUGCAUCAGCCACAACAAACUGAUAGCUCUGCCAUCACAGAUAGGAACUUUACAGGCCUUAGAGGAGCUGGAUAUUAGUUUUAACGAACUCUGCCAGUUUCCUCGUUCUUUUGGUCAGCUUAAAAAGCUGAGGACGCUGGACGCAGAUCACAACAAACUCGCCCAGUUCCCACAGGAGAUUCUGUUACUAAGCGAUCUGGAGGAGCUGGACUGUUCCGGCAACAAAAUAGAUUGCUUGCCAACUGGAAUAAUGACGUUGCAGUCCAUAAAAAUAUUGUGGCUGAGCAGCACUAAAAUCUCUGCGUUACCAGAGACCUUCUGUGAUUUGAAAAACUUGGAAAGCCUGAUGCUGGAUAACAAUGCUUUGACGGCUUUACCGCAGCCCUUUGGCAAGUUGCAAAGACUGAAAAUGAUUAACAUUUCUUCAAACCACUUUGAAGCUUUCCCUCUUGUUAUUCUUGAGCUUGUGGGUUUGGAAGAACUAUACCUAAGCAGGAACAAACUGUCAUUUAUCCCUGAGGAGAUAGGCAAGCUCUGUAUGCUUGUUAAUUUGUGGUUGGACAAUAACAAAAUAACCUACUUGCCUGACACUGUAGUGGAGCUUGGGAAAUUAGAGGAGCUGGUGUUACAGGGUAACCAAAUUGCCAUCCUUCCUGAUAACUUUGGAAAACUCUCCAGAGUUAACAUAUGGAAAAUUAAAGACAAUCCUCUGAUACAGCCUCCCUAUGAGGUUUGUAUGAAAGGCAUCCCCUACAUAGCUGCCUAUCAGAAAGAACUAGCACAUUCCCAGCCUGCAGUAAAGCCAAGGUUAAAAUUGGUUCUAAUGGGACUAAAGGAUGCUGGGAAAACUAAACUGAGGCAAUGCCUCGUUAGUAAGACACAGGAUAUUCCUGCAGUGCCAGGAAAUAAAGGGAUAGACGUGACAAACUGGAUUGCAGAUGUAGAACGGAGUCUUACCUUUAUUGUUUAUGACUUAUCGGGGGAUAACAGUUACGAUUUGAUAAAACCAUUUUUUCUUUCACCUGGUGCUUUGUACAUACUGGUAGUCAACUUAAAGGCAUACAUGUCUAAACAUUUUUAUACCUAUGUGGGUUAUUUCCUGCACCUGCUCAGUGCCAAAGUCCCACACGGUGUGGUGUGCAUUGUGGGGACCCACAUGGAUUUGUGCAAUGAGAUGGAAAUAGAAGAAAAAUGUCUGGACAUCCACCGCCAAAUAGCGCUUCAGGAGACAAGGGACAUUAAGUUCUUGGAAGGUCUGGCACACAAGGUGGACCGAGCUCUGGGCCAGGACUAUGAUGUGAGGACCUCCAGCCCCAAUGCACUCUUUUAUGGGGUCUCAGAUAAAAACUUGCGACGCAAGAAAGCUCAGCUGCAGUACCUGCUCAACAACCGGCUUCAGAUCCUAUCCCCUGUCUUCUGUGUGAGCUGUGCCAAGGACCUCAGAAACACCCAGCGGCUGAAAGAGAAGCUCAUGUCAGUGGCCGAGCACCAGGAGAUUUUCCCCAACCUUCACCGCGUCCUUCCAAAGUCCUGGCAGAUGCUGGAGGAGCUGCAUUUCAAGCCCCAGGAGCUCUGGGUGUCCUGGUGGGAUUCGGCCCGACUGGGGCUGCAGGCAGGUCUGACUGAGGACCGUCUUCAAAGUGCGCUGUCUUACCUACAUGAGAGCGGCAAGCUCCUCUACUUUGAGGACAGCUUGACCCUCAAAGAAUAUGUCUUCCACAACCUGUCCAAGCUUAUUGAUGUCCUCAAUGUCUUCUUUCAGCGGGAUGCUACCAUGCUGCUGCAGAAGCUGCAGAUUGAUGACGACAUGGACCAGCUGAGAGCUACACAGCUCCACCACUAUGUUGAGGGCUUCCUCUUACAUGGCCUCCUGCCCUCCCAUGUCAUCAAGCUUCUCCUCAAGGCCCACAUUAAGACACAGCAGGACCUGCAUCUUAUCCUGGAGCUGCUGGAAAAGAUGGGCCUCUGUUAUUGCAUUAAUAAACUAAAAUCAAAGCCCCUGAAUGGUGCCGCUGUGUGGUACAAGUUUCCCUGGUAUGUAAAAAACGAAAUGCCCCAUGCUGAAGCCUGGAUCAAUGGGGGCUCCAACAUGUCUGGGCACCUUUUUGCAGUAGAGCAGCUCCAAAUUGAGUACAACUUCCCGUUCCUCUUCCCUCCAGGCCUCUUUGCCAGGUACAGCGUGCAGAUCAAUGCCCAUGUAGUGCAGCGGUCAGAUGGAAAGUUUCAAAUAUUUGCCUACCGGGGGAAAGUGCCUGUGGUGGUUAGUUACCGGCCAUCCCAGAGUGGUCUGCGGGCAGACACCUUGUCCAUCGCCAGCCACGCUUCAUUGCCAAAUAUCUGGACUGCUUGGCAAGCCAUAAUUCCUUUAGUGGAAGAACUGAAUGUCCUUCUGCAGGAAUGGCCAGGACUGUAUUACACUGUGCAUGUUCUCUGUUCCAAGUGCCUUAAAAGAGGGUCACCUUACCCACACACCUUUCCAGGAGAGCUGCUGAGUCAACCUCGGCCCGAGGGAGUAACGGAGAUCAUCUGCCCAAAGAACGGGAAUGAGCGAGUCAACGUGGCCCUGGUGUACCCCCCGACCCCUACUGUCGUCAGCCCCUGCCUGAAGUGAGCGGCCUGGCAGGUGAACUCCCCCCCCCCCUCCCCUGGCUCCCCCUUCAGCACAGCCACUUCCUCUCUCGCUUCAGCACUUGACCAACACACACAUCCUCGCCAUCCCUGGAAUCAACACAUUAUUGUGAGACAACAACGUGAGAGUCCACCUGGAACGGAUAGCAAACAAGCCAAUUGGAUGCUUUUGUAUUCUGAAGAACAGUAUACGACAAAGACAUAACGUUGACAUUUCAGAAACGCGUAUUAAAAGACUAAUGUCUAAAAUGUAUUAAAAGACUAAAAAAAUAUGAAUGCUGUAUAUCACUAGUUACCCCUUCUUGAAGCCAAACCAGACAGGAAUUUCCAGACUGCUGCAACUGCUGUGAAACAACAUGUAGAUAGAUUGUUUAACCUCAACCUGCUUUCACUGGACUGAAAACAUUUGAGAAAUAUUCAAUUUCACCGGUUUCUCAGGGAGCUAGAUGGAAGCGCAAUUGAAAGCCAUAUUGAAUAUCGACGUGUAGGUUGUCUUAACUCAAUUGCAGUUGAAAAUAUCUUUUUGUACAUUAUCUGUGUGAAAAAUGAGUGAGAAAUGCUUUCUUCGGGUCUAUUUAAAAAAAAAAAAAAGAAAGAAAGAAAGAAAAAAGUAAAAGUAGAUCUUCCGAAUGCAAACAGUACCAAUGAAUUCCUGUCAUAAGCGUCAAGCAUUGAUGAUCACUGAAGGGCAAGAAACUGAAUGUCAUAUUAUUAUUAUUAUUAUUAUUAUUAUUAUUAUUAUUAUUAUUAUUAUUAUUAUUAUUAUUAAUAAUAAAGAAGCUGUAUGUCUGAGUUAGAAGCUCAACCACUUUUUUAGUCCACUCUUCAACCAUUACCCAGGAAGAAUAAAGUACUGUUUUGAGGUCAAACUUUGAGAAACCAAGUCAAGUAGACAAAGUGUUCCCCUGUGUAGCUGUGCAAGGCCCAGCUUCCACCUCGUACUGUAAAGAUCUGAUUUGGUCUAGCCUGAAAUUUCUUCCUGUAUAUUCAUUCUGACUGUACACAUGACCUUUCUGUGGCUACGAAUCUACACUAAGAAACUGAGGUGUGAUGAGACUCAAACAUUGACCUUGUUUGUUCACCCGGGAAACUACAUUUAAAACCGAGGAAGCUAUCUUCACCUGCACGUCACCUGGAGCAUCCAGCUCAGUUAUAGUUGAGGAUGACCAGUGGAACCUGCGCAUGAGAAAGACUGGAAGGGUCCUUCUGGUACUCAAGACUACUAGCCACUUGCAACAUGUUGACAAAAGUUGGGAAAUGUUGCCAAAAUACUGUUCUGCUUUUGCUGUACAGUUGUGGAUUGAGGACAUAGCUCUGUACAUAUGUGCAGUGGUAAUGUUAUUACCACCUCUGAAAGUGGUGUUCCAUGUUUAUGUAUUGUAACACUGGAUGUACUGUAUGGAUGGAUUUACUGUAGGGUUGGAUAUAAGAUACACCACAUGAUGUAAGCGACUUGUUUCCUUAUUGAGAUGCAUAAUCUGAAACAGAAAGUUAAAUGUUUUGCUGCCUUGAGUUCCAGCACUUUAUAAGACCUAAGUUAUGCUCAACCCUAUACAAGAAAUAAUGGAUUGAGCAUUUUAGAAGUUUAAUCAGACACCUGUAUGCUUACUGUCCAUUUAGCAAAGCUCACAAUUGUAUAUACAAAGCUGUAUCCUGAUGUAGGGGAAAUGGAAUAUGUGUGUGUGUGUGUGUGUGUGUGUGUGUGUGUGUGUGUUG